AUGGCUCCCGCUGAGAAGGGUUUCAGCUGGUCUAACAUCGCCGUCGGCGCGACCAUGAACCUCUUCGAGGUCACCACCCUCGGCCAGCCCCUCGAGGUCCUCAAGACCCAGAUGGCCGCCAACCGAUCCCAGUCCAUGGCCCAGGCCUUCCGCACCGUUUGGUCUCGUGGUGGCUUCUUUGGCUUCUACCAGGGCCUCAUCCCUUGGGCUUGGAUUGAGGGAUCCACCAAGGGCGCUGUGCUCAUGUUCACCUCGUCCGAGAUCGAGAAGGUCUCCAUCCGUGACCUCGGCGUCUCGCCCGCCGCUGCCGGUAUGCUCGGUGGUAUUGGUGGUGGUAUUGCGCAGGCGUACGCCACCAUGGGUUUCUGCACCUGCAUGAAGACUGUUGAGAUCACGCGUCACAAGCAGGUCGAGGCCGGCGGCAAGCCCGAGUCGACCUUCAAGGUCUUCGCCGACAUCUACAAGCGCGAGGGUAUCAAGGGCAUCAACAAGGGUGUCAACGCUGUCGCCGUCCGCCAGGCCACCAACUGGGGUUCCCGCUUCGGUUUUGCCCGUCUCGGUGAGACCAUGAUCCGCAAGGCCAAGGGCAUUAGCGACGACAAGAAGCUCGGCGCCAUGGACAAGAUCUUCUCGGCGACCAUUGGUGGUGCUCUCUCCACUUGGAACCAGCCCAUCGAGGUCGUCCGUGUCGAGAUGCAGUCCGCCAUCAAGGACCCCAACCGCACCGGCAAGAAGACCAUUGCCAACACCCUCAAGUACAUCUACGAGACCAACGGCAUCAAGGGCCUCUAUCGCGGCGUUACUCCUCGCAUCGGCCUCGGCAUCUGGCAGUCUGUGUGCAUGAUCUCGUUCGGGGACGCCGUUAAAGCAUACAUUGCCUCCGGUGGCAGGAAGCCCUAA